GAGUAGGAGGAGUCAGCCGAGUGAGAUAGUGAUGCUCGCUGCAGGUGCCAACAAGUGAGAAGUAGCCGAGAGACCGAGAACUAGAGAGAGAUGGAGAAGAGUCUGUGAGAGCAGAAGAAGACACCAGAGCUCUGAGAGAAACCCAACAACAGCCAGUGCAUUUUCAAUCCUGCUCCAGUUUUUCCUGCUCGUCAUCUCUGCUGCCAUGCUGUGUCCUGUGCUGCUCUGUGCCACUCUGCUCCUCCUGACACCUCUGGAGAUCACAGAGGCUCGCGCUCUGCACCCUUCUCCUGAUGCUGCACAGUUUAUGGAGCAGUUUCUGGAACGCUACAAUGACCUUUUGACUCUGGACGACCUGGAGAACCUGUUGAACAGCCAGCCAGAGGAGCAGUCCACCUUCUCCUCUGGGGUCAAAGCGGCCGAAUACCCCAAAUGGGCUGAUGCACAAACACAGUCCGAGACCCCCUGGCUGCGUCUGCUGAAGGGCGCUCUGGCCAAUCAGAAGCGAGCAGAGCCGGACCGGUCACGGAGGGGAUGGAACCGGGGAUGCUUUGGGCUCAAACUGGAUCGGAUCGGCUCCAUGAGCGGCCUGGGCUGUUAGUGGAGAGAGAGAAUAAAGACUGAUGACAUCCUUCUUGUAGUAUAACAAGGAAAAACACACAUGCAGAGGCGUUCACCUGCACUGAAGGGUGUUUACAUGCGUGUAGACUACAUGUAGUGUGGUGUAAACUUGCAGCAUUGCUAAUGUGGUUUCAUCCAGCGUAGAUCAGAUGCUUCACAUUGUCGUGGCUGUUUUAAGAGCAGCUGUAGUUUAUUCCAUGUGUAAGUUUUAAACUGAAUAUUAGAAUAUCACGUGAGCUAUAUUUACAUCAAAUGAUCAUCCUUGAUUGUCAGGCUUGUUUUUUUUAAACGUAAAUUGGCACUUUAUGUAUUUCUAGCAUUUUUUCUUCGUACAGUUAAUGUGUUAGACAGUUGUUAUAUCUGUGAACGGGGAUUGUGUGUAAAAUCGGGUGUAAUGGACAUAGAUAUUAAAAAAAUGAUGCCACCUGUGAUUCCUGCUGCUUAUUUUUUGUUUAAUUUGCAUGAAUAAAUUGAUUUGACAUUUGAA